AUGAAGUUAGCAGAAGCCUUGAAACUACGAGAAGUGUUAAAUUCAGAAACUUCUAGAAUAGACUCAAAAAUUCGUCAAUCGUUGAUUUUACAAGAAGGUAAAACUCCAUUAUAUAAUGUUGAUAAAAAAUAUGACGAAUUUGUUGCUAAAACUACUGAAUUGUACCGACUAGCAAUGUCCACAAAUUAUACAAAUAACACUGUUGAAAUAAAAGAUGGAACACUUUGUCUAACAAAGGCAAAGACUAUUGGUGAGGUUUUAAUACACCGCAAGUUCUUGAAGAAAAAGUUAGAGCUACUUGAGAAGAUUGUCGAAAAGGGCCAAGAGAAAGACUUGGAAUCCAUAGAUGAAAUACGGUUUAAAUCAUUUGUUGACAUUGAAGUAUAUGAUACUAAAGCUGAAGAUGUAAGAAAACAAAUUCAAGAAUUGGAUACAAAACUACAGGAACUUACUUGGGAAAUUGAUUUGAUUGAGAUUUAA